ACACCAUCAAAUCACAAAUUGCAAUCGCUAUAGAAGCAUCUCAAGUCCUCUCAAGGAAAAUCUAAAAAAUCAAAAUGUUCAAGCUGUUGGUCGUUGUUUUCGCUGCCCUCUUCGCCGUUGCUUUGGCUGUUCCCGCACCAGUUCCCCGUGCCAAUCCUGCACCAAUCCCGAUUGCUAGCCCCGAGCCUGCCCCACAGUUCUACUAUGGUGCUAGCCCGUACGCCUAUUCCGGCGGAUACUACGCUUCCCCCUACUCCUACUAUGGUUAAGUGCUCCGGACAAUGCAAACCAACCAACGACUCGUGAUUACGCAUCUGAAUACGGAUUAUGGAAAAUGCGCGCGCUGGCAAAUCAAAAUAGUCAUAAGUGCUUAAAAAAAUUAUCAAAAAAAAAUACAAAAGUUGAACAAAUAAAAUGUUGAAGAGCAA